GUCUGGUUGGGAAAAAAAAGGGAGGGACUCGAGCACCGGCCUCGCUCUUUGCCGACGGAUCUCGGCAAUGGCGAUGUCGGCGGCGAACAUCGGGAUGAUGGACGGGGCCUACUUCGUGGGGAGGAACGAGAUCCUCACUUGGAUCAAUGCUACGCUCCAGCUCUCCCUCUCCCGAGUCGAGGAGGCGGCGUCUGGUGCUGUUCAGUGUCAAAUGAUGGAUAUGGUUCAUCCUGGAGUUGUUCCAAUGCAUAAGGUCAAUUUUGAUGCCAAGUCAGAGUAUGAUAUGAUUCAGAAUUAUAAACUUCUGCAAGAAGUAUUCAACAAGCUGAAGAUUGAGAAGCAUAUUGAAGUCAAUAAACUUGUCAAGGGACGGCCAUUGGACAACUUGGAGUUCCUACAGUGGCUGAAGCGCUACUGUGAUUCGGUGAAUGGUGGAAUUAUGAAUGAAAAUUAUAACCCUGUGGAGAGGAGAAACAAGGUAGGGAAAGAGCGGAGUCUAAAGGUUUCCCAUAAAUCCUCCAAAUCACUCCAAGCUAACAGCUUAACAGUUCGCGGCUCUAUUGAUGGACCCAAACAAGGAAAAGUAACAAAUGCAGAGCAUUCUGCGGCUCAGAUUCAAGAAUUAUCUGAGAAGAUUGCAGAUCUCAAGCUCUCUGUUGAUAACAUGGAGAAGGAAAGAGACUUCUACUUUGCAAAGUUGCGGGAUAUUGAAAUACUUUGCCAAAGACCUGAACUUGAGCAUCUGCCGAUGACUAAAGCCAUUAGAAAGAUUUUGUAUGCUGCUGAUGCUCAAGACUCUCCUCUAGCUGAAGCUCAAGAACUUCUCGACAAUCCUGUCGAAGAUGAUGCAGAAGCCGAGGAAACUCAGUGAACAUAUACUUCUCCAAAUGACUGAACUCCUAAAGUUAGCAUCUUUAUCAGUGUGCUUUAGUCGUUAACUUGCUCUGUUAAUUUGCUUGAUUUUCCAAAAUGAGCAGAUGCAAAUAAUGCAAUUGUAUUUGCAUUUUACUUCUCUUUCAUGUAUGCAUUGAUUGAGACAGUUAGAACACUUGUCUGAACUUCUGACAUUAAAAUGCAAUGCAAGUCUCUUAUUUUUGUUCA